CCAUUAGAAAAUUGAAAAAAGCUUGGGCAACAAGAGAACCGCUGCUUGAGCGUCAAGGCAAAAAUUUCCCCCAGUCCUGGAGUUUUGUCUGGCUUAAAUGGCGUUGGUUUAUGCUUCGGAGACCCAUUUCUCACUAACCCCGUGAAAGCUUUCUCCGGAAAUCAUGCCUGUUUCUCGGCUUCUUGUUCUCUCCAAGCAUCUUCAAAGGCAGCAACCCAAUUUGCUUCAGAGGUUUGGUCCGUGUAAGAGGAUUCAGUCUCGUAGUUAUACGAAAUCAACAGGACAUAGACGUGCAAAGCGAGAGGGCUGUUCUGUGCCUGUAGAAACACAGGCUUCUCCUUCUUGGCGUACCCUUAUCUUUCCAGUUGCUGUAUUUGCUGGACUGGCAGGUUUGAUGUAUUGUAAUGAUCAGAGGAGAGCAAUUCAGAAAGGCGAAGGCAUCAAAUGUGAUUGUGCAAAUGUGAACGGUCCAAUUAUUGGUGGUCCAUUCACCCUGGUUGAUACAGAGAAACAGGUCGUUACGGAGCAAGACUUUAAAGGGAAAUGGGUUUUGAUGUACUUUGGCUAUACGUCCUCACCAGAUAUUGGACCUGAGCAAGUUCAAGUGAUGGCCAAGGCCAUAGAUACAUUAGAGUCAAAAGAGAAUUGUAAGGUGUUAGCUGUAUUCGUGACAAUUGAUCCUCAGCGCGAUAGUCCCUCGCAUCUCCGGGCAUACCUUAAAGAAUUUGAUUCAAGAAUCAUAGGCUUAACGGGUCCUGUUGGUGCUAUAAGGCAGAUGGCGCAAGAAUACCGGGUUUAUUUCAGAAAGGUUGAAGAGGAAGGAGAUGAUUAUCUGGUCGAGUCUUCCCAUAACAUAUACUUGAUCAAUCCAAACCUGGAGGUUUCAAGAUGCUUUGGUGUUGAGUACAGUGCUGAAGAGUUAUCAGAAGCAAUACUAGAGGAAUUAAAAAGAGCCUCAUCAUAAUAGCUGAACAAUUUUGAUAAUCUUUAGAUUGGUGGUGGCUCUUCCAUCUAAAUUGUGCAAGGCGAAGUUUCUUGUAGGGGUAUAAACCAAUUGAGUCGAGUAGAGUUUUGAAGGGUUUAGAUUUGACGAUUUUGAGUCUAACCUUGUUAAGUUGAAAUGUAGCUAAUGAGUAUUGAUCGAUCAACUUUUAGAAUAUCA